AUGUCACAAACAGAUACAGGCAAAAAAGCAGCUAAAAAAUUUAGGUUCUCAAUUAUUCUUAAAUUUAAAAAUAAUUUGAUAAUAAGGUAGAAGAUAAACAAACUAACUCUUAAUACAUUGAAAAGUACAUCUAAGCAUCUAUAGCACUAAAACUUCAGGAUAAAAAGUGAAAAAGUAACUUAUUAGUCCUUUAAAAGAAGCACUUUCAUAAUUAAAGAAAUCAUAUAAAUUUUUUAUACCUAAUGAAC